AUGGGGAAUCAUGUCGGGCAUGAUGAUCCCGUGCUAAACUUACUUGACAAUAAAUAUCAAGAAAGAGAAGGACCAAGUGGUUCACAAAGACCAAGUGGCUCACAAACACAAAACGUCCGAGAGAGAGAACCAUUGAGAUCUUCGAACUUCAGGGCUCAAAAUGCUGAUCUUUCCCUAAUAGCAGCUGGAAUAAGACGAACACGUGGUGGUAAACCUCAAGUUCCAAGGAACCUCUCAGAAAUGGCUCCAAUGCUUAACAAUUACCGCCCUACUAAUGAGAUUUAUCAAGGAAGCGUUAACGGAAUGGAUAAUUCCUCAGCAUAUCUUUUUGCAAAUAACGAAAUGCUACGAGAGUUUAGCAGGGAAAAUGUCAUUUAUCUUGAUACAUCUGAUGAAUUAGCUCCAAGAGCUCCGCGGAUGCUAAGCCACUUAUUGAUGACUAUUCCGGUAAUAUUAUGCCUGUGCAGCCAUCGGUCCACCGAAUUAUACCGUGCGAUUUCUGACUUCAUAAAAAAUCGUGUGCCUCAGUUAUGUGAUAAUCUUCAGCUUGUCGUGCCCAGUUUGGAAUAUUCUUUGGUAAGCUCUGUAAGAGAGAGCUUUCCGUUUUGCCACAUAAGACUGACGUGGAUGCAAGUGAUGAGGAACUUUACGCGUUACUGGUGUUUUAACCAGCUACCUUUUCGUUUAAACAACCAAUUUCCGACACGAAGCGGUUAA